CUCGCCUCUUGUAACAACCCCCAAAAAGGAGAGAAGGAAGGAAGGAACAGCCUCACCCAAUGAUGGCGGCCACCAUAGACAGCAACGCCGCACAGGCAACCAAGAAAAAGCACCUGGGCAUCCCCGAAGCGGUGUUCUUGGAGGACGUGGACUCCUUCAUGAAGCUGCCCGGCAACGAGAAGGCCGACUCGGCCCUGAGGAAGCUGGACGAGCAGUACCAGAAGUACAAAUACAUGGAAGUCAACCUGUCGCAGAAGAAGCUCAGGUUGCGCAACCAGAUCCCGCAGAUCAGGCAGACGCUGGAAAUCCUGCGACACAUGCAAAAGAAGAAGGAGACCACAGAACCCAUGGAGACGCAUUUUAUGCUAGCGGACAACGUUUACUGCAAGGCCUCGGUACCGCCCACUGACAAAGUCUGCCUAUGGCUCGGUGCAAACGUCAUGCUGGAGUACGACAUCGACGGCGCCCAGGCCCUCCUGGAGAAGAACCUGUGCACCGCCUCUCGUAACCUGGAGACGCUGGAGGAGGACCUGGAUUUCCUGCGAGACCAGUUCACCACCACCGAAGUCAACAUGGCACGGGUCUACAACUGGGACGUGAAGAGGAGGAGCAGAGAAAGCCUCCUCAAGCCAGCGGACAAGUCUUAAUCCCGAUCCAACCAGCCCGCUUGGCGGUCUUCAGUCGAUAAUCGCGACGGAGCGAGGGCCGAGUCUUAUUUUCGGGUCCGGAUGAACAAAAGCGGACUUUUUGAGUUGAUUUCACCGAGGGAAAUCCCGUCGUGCGCUUGUUUUUCUUUUCACGCCCCACUUUGGACUCUAUUUAUUUGUCCGUCACUUGUUAAAACAAACAAACAAAAAAAAAGAGCAGUGGGCCAGUUAGUUUCAGAGAAGAAGAAGAAAAAACACAUUAGUACUGUAAGUAAAUAGUUGUGGGGGGGGGGGUGAUUGGGCACUCGACGCAGAAUGUAUUCAGCACAUUUUUUUGGUGCUAGCGGCACUCGGGAUUGCACGGAAGCGAGGCCGUCUGCUUCGAUGAUCGGGUCGGGG